AUCGAGAUGCGCUUGCGCUGCUUUGAUUUCAAAUUCUAUUUUAUUUACUUUAAACUUGUAAUGUUUUUAUUCCUGUUUGAAUGAAACUGCACGUAAUUUAUAUACAGUAAACACAGUGAAGGUUUAUUUUCUAAUAGAAAGAAAAAAUGUAAUUAUUCAAUAACAAAAUAAGAUGAAAUUAACUAAAUAGGAUGGCAGAUAAUAAAAUGAGGAGCAAUAAAGAUGUAAAAAAUUUAAAUCAAAACGAAAAUUACUGCGUCUUUAAUGUUAUUAGUGUUUUUAUAUCACUUGUUACAAUACUUGCUGAUUGGACCACAGAUAUUCUUGUUUUUAUUGAAUACUGCAAGGAUGGCUAUAUGGACUGGGCUCUUAUCACUAUAACUUUCAUUAUUACACCCAACAUUUUAUGUAAUAUAUUUUCCUUAAGAUGGUAUGUGAUUGAUAAGAAGCUAAGGGUUCAUCAUUGGAUUACACAUGGAUUUUUAGCAGGAUUAUUAGAAAGAAACACAGUAUUUUUGUAUGAAGUAUUUUCAUGCAAAAAUUUUGAACUGUUAAAGUCCCAAAAGCUCCUAAUCCAAAGGAAUGAUUUGAGCCUACUUCAUUUCUUAUAUGUAUUUACUGGAACCAUACCACAAAUAAUUUUACAGACUCAUGGAAUAGUUGUAUUAAAUGAAAAUUAUUAUACAAAAGUAUUUUCGCUAACUGCUUCAAUUGCAUCAGUUAGUUGGGCCUGUGUUACAUAUAUAUACAGUACAAUGUGCAUCUCUUCAGACCAGAUUAACUGGAUAGCACUAUUGCUAAAACUUUUGUGGUACUUUGGUACUCUUAUUGGAAGAAUAUCGGCACUAUUAUUAUUCAGCAUCAUAUUUGGAGUUUGGACGUUGAUUCCUUUGGGCUUACACUGGUCUGCAAUGACCUUUUGGAUAAUAACCCAAAAAACAACAUUCUGCCCAAACAAAUUCGAAGAGACACUUUACAAUGCUGUAAUGGGCUUUGUAUAUUGUUUCUGCUUUAUUAAUAUAAAGGAAGGUCAUACGCGAUAUCGUUUACUGCUUUUUUAUACGCUCAUGGUCACUCAGAAUAUGGGAAGUGUGAUACUCUAUAUGCUGCUGAGUGAAAACCAAAGACAUCCUUGGUCUAUUGCAUCAACGAGCUUAGUAGUUGUCGGAACUGUAGCAGGGAUAGCUGCAAUGGUGAUAUAUUACAGAUAUUAUCAUUCGAAAGGCCCAAUCCCAUGGCGAUACAUUCACGAAGAUGUCGAAUUAAACAAUAAAGUGAUCAAUGAUACCAAGAAUUCGAAUAAGAUAAAGGGUGGCCUUAAUAAUUUAAGAUCGUUCAAAAAUUCUAAUAUUACAAAAGAAGCAAACGUGGAGAUAGAAAAUAGAAAAGAUUCAAACACUACACUCCCAGUUCAACAGACAGAAAAUGAAAACGCAGAUAAAAAGUUCCUUUUGGAUCACUGGAUAGCAAGAGCGGGAUCUCCUACUUUUACUUCAGCUCCAGUAGGAAACAUUAGUAUGGAUGUCUCAAGUAUUGAAUUAUACACUGUAGAAAAUACUCCGCAGACUAUUAUUCCUAAACGCGAUAGUCUUAUAAUAAAACCGAAAAAGAAGAUUUGUUCGCCAACCGAGCUUACUCUAAAGCUUUCUUCGAUAGACAAUAUAGAAAGCUCCAUCGACGAAAUAACGUCUAAUGCACUUAUCCAAAAACGUCGUGGAAUUUGCUCUUCUGACGAACUAAGAGAUGAUUAUAAUAAUCUUGGAACUUCUAUGGUUCAAGAGUUUUCUAAAGAAAAAACUGAUCGAAGUUCCGAGUUAAGCCACGACACAGAUGGUUCUAACAAAAAAACUUCAUCAGAUUCCAUAGAUAUGGAUCUCGAUCUGAGUUUCAGUGAUAUAAACAGCUCGGAUAUUAACACAUUUAAUGAGAAUAUCGUCCAAAAACUGUGUUUGAGUGCCUUAAAAAACAUAAAAGUUGGAAACCAAGAUGCAGAUAUAGAGAACAUUCAACGAAUAGCGUUAGAUAUCCUAAAAGAAAUGUAUACAAAGAAAGACAGAAAGAAAAAUGGUAUCACCGGUCUCUUUCAUGUUAAACGCGAUCUUGAUACACCGACAGAAAUUCUAUCAGUUCAUGAUUAUGAAAAUAUUUGUGCUGUAAAUAUAGCAAGAGAAGCUUGGGGACUGCGUUCGUGGAACGGGUACUGUGAUAUUGAAAAUUGGAUGCAUGACGGCAGCGUUGUAAGAGAUAGAAGUCGAGAUUUCACAUCAGAAAGUUCAGAGAUUAGCAGCUGUCUUUCUCAAGAAUUAAAAAAUGCCAUUUUGUCGGCACCUCCUUUUCCGAGAAAACCUCACACUUAUUCCAACGUAUUUGUUAAGGUCGACAGAAAUCCUGACGAUUAUGCGAAUACUAUAAUGUGUCAGACUGACGAUAUUGUUAAGUCGUAUAUAAUUGACAAUUGUAAGGAUCCUAAUCAUCUCGAACCAAUAAUUGAGGAAUUAGAUGAUUUAGGCGAUAUUGACCCGUCUAUUAAAAAACGCAUGAAUUCGGAAAGUUCUCUCGUAGCGACAAUAGAUGAAAUAAGAAAGGCAACAGUAACGAAUUCGCCUAGGAACUUAUAUCAUAGAAGAGAGCAUACAUGGGAAUCUCCACAGUUCAGUUUUAAUCAAAGUGAAAGUACACUUCAAAAGGCUCUCUGGAAAGAACCGUCCAAAUUCGACGCUUGUAAUAUACUGGAAUCUUUAACAGAAAAAGAGUUGUCGUUAGACACAUGUCCCGUAGUUAGGUUAGACACACAUGCGAAAGAGCUAAGCCUUUCGGAUAGUUCAUACCUUAAUAACUCAAGUUAUAGCAAUAAUACUCCAAGAAGAAAAUCAAAUUAUUCUCAAAGAAGUCAUAAAAACCAAGAUGAUAUAUCUAGCAAAAAUAUUGAUCUACUCUGGCAAUUGGUUUCGGAAAAUACUUCGCCUUACAACAAUGACACUUUUUCUCUAAGUACGAAAACUCCUUCGUUGCAAUCGCUAAUUCAAAACGAUUCAAAUGCCGUUAACACAUCUUUGCCUAAAAGUAAUAUUAAGAGGAGUUCAAGAAAUAAGCCCAGGAGGAAAUUUUCAAUUCUACGAGAGAAGUUUGAACCUAAAAUUUAUUCGGACGAAGAAAACUUGUUCCGCUCCGAUAACAGUUCAUCGAAGCUCAACGUCAACACGGACAUAAGUCAAAUAGAGUCUAAUAUUGAUUGUUUCCAAAAACCUAAAGACUGUCUCGCCUCAUCAGCUGAUGAAUUGCAUGCAGCAACGAAACAAAUGAAGGAAAAACGUUCGCUUUUUAUGAAGCAAGUAUUAAGUCCGCCAAAAUUUAAUACAAAAUUACGUCACAAAAUGUAGAUUUGUUGACUGCCUGCGACUGCUAUAUACAGAGUAUCCAUGAGAACCAGUGAAAGAUAAUUGGUGUAGUAUCUAAAGUAAGGUAGUAGUAUCGAUCCCCGGAUGCAGCAAAAGACUUUCUAUGUGCGGAUUUAACUUUCAUUCCAAUCUUUAAAAAAUCUGAGGCCCAGACCUAAAAAGUUUGUAGCGCCAGUGAUUUAUUGAUUUUACCUAAAGCGGACUUUCGUACUUAUUCAGUCGCAAUAUCUCCCAAUGGGACAUGGGACUAUAGGAAUAUACUUUAGUAUAUUCAUUAAUAAUUUAUAGGCAGCUUAGUGAUAUUAUCAAUCCUUAAAUAUUUUUUUCAUGAACAACUACGGAUGUGGUUUUGUAUGUUUGGAUACAGUGGUAAGGUUCCUAGUACAUAAUUCCAUCAUAUUAAGAAAAAUAACAAUCAUAAGUCAUUUAACUCGGAUCUCAGCAUAAAUUUAGUCAACGUAUAAGUUUAGGCGCCGUUACCUCGAAUGUAAUUAAGGAAUCACUGAUUUUUAGAAGCUAGUUAUCUUGCCUUUUAGCUGUUAAUUGCACUAGAUUUGUUAAGUAUUAUACACAUUUUACGGUGAAAUGUAUUGAAUGUUCCAUAUAAUUUAGGUUUUGGUAUACUUUAUAAGUCCAUUUAAACGUAGUAAUGCAUUUUAUACAUAUUUAAAUAUUAAGUUCUGUACCGGUGCUAAUUCAAUUUGUAGAUAGAUUUUACAAGUUGUCAUUGUAUGAUUGGAAAUUGUCACCGACCCUUUUGAAUUAUUUUUUAUUUAGUACGGACACACUUAAAAGAAGUGCUUAAGUAAAUUCACAUUUAUGGUGAGCUAAGGUAAGAUUUUGAGUCGACACUUAACGUAUAUAAAAAAAUGUUUAUUAUGAUGUAUAAUGUUUAUAUAAGAUACAAGUAGACAAUAGCGUAAAAACUAUCUGUACUCUUUUAAAAUAUCUCAUACUGACUUCUAAAUUCGGGUUCAAAUUAAAAACGAGCUCGAAUUAUGUAUCGACUUUAAUAUGAUAAUCACUUUUGACGUGUGGAAGUCCAGCUUAACGGCAAGUCAUAUAAAUAAAAUAUACUAAACCUUGAACUCCUAACGUCGUCGUUUCGUUCGUCUCUUUUUGUCAAAUUGUAUAUACGUUGUGAUGACAAGAGACACGUGCUUUAGUUAAAGCAGAUAGUAUCAAAAGUCUAAGUUUCGGCUACAUAAUCUUACAUUUGAUAUUAGAGGUAUUUUUCUAAGAUUGCGUCCUUGUAAUGGAAGCUACAUUCCAUAUUUAAACGUGAUAAAAAUCGCUUCUGAAUUAUGGAGAUUCAGCCUUCCAGUAUAUAUCUAUAAAUUGAUUGCUACUUUGAAACAUUUUAUAUUUAAGUAGGACCUAAUAUCGAAUUGCAACACUGCUCAUUACAUACUUGAGAAAUGACUUAUGCAAUUAAUAUCGUAUUACUAUAAAUGUUUUGUAAACUGUGAUGUAAGUGCCUUUAUUUUUAUAUCAUGAUCUUCCGCCAGUAUUGUCUUUGUAAUAAAUGUUUAUACUUUACUUGGUUUUAUUAUUUUAUAUUAGGUAAAUCAAUUUAAAGAGAAUUGUGUUUAAUACGUUUGAAGUAAAUAUUGUCCAGGUUUCCAUUUUACUAAAUUAGCUGAAUAGACAUGUAUUUUAUUAUUUUGUACUCUUACUUGUGUCAUUCAUACCUGAUCCCUGAUACAUACAAUUAUUGAUAACCUCCUCCUUCGGCUUUUUGAAAACGCUUAACAAUUUAAAUGAGUUUUAUUGGUUAAUACGGUAUAAUAGUUCAUUAAUACGAAAUGUCAAAAAUUUAUACUUAUUGAUACUCAAUCAUCUUGCA